AUGCUGCUGGUGCUGCCGUGCCACGGGUGCGGUAGAACAGCCGGCUGUAAAGCGGCCAGAGGCAGUCUCAAUAGUUGUGAGGCUGUGGACAAGCUGGCCGUGGCAUCCCAGGAGAUGCCACCCACAGUUUCCCGCGGCAGGCUCCCCGAGGAGGACCCCGCGCUGGCGCUGCCGGAGCUGCCGCGCGGACAGGAGCGCGGGCCAAGCAGGACCAUCGUGGUGGGCGGCGGGCCGGGCGGGCUCGCGGCGGCGCUGGCGCUGGCGCGUCGCGGGUGGACUGGCAUCGAGGUGUGGGAGCGCCUGGAGCCGCCGCCCGACCCCGAUGACGCGCAGGCCUGGGGCGAGCCAGCCCGGAGCUACCACCUCGGCCUGUCAGGCCGGGGCCAGACCUCGCUGGCCCUGCUGGGCGCGUGGCGCGCCGUGAGCCUGCGCUGCGCGCGGGUCGCGGGCCGCUUCGACUGGGCGCCCGGCAGCGCGGAGGGCGUCGUCACGGAGGCCCUCGCCGCCCCGUGCCGCAGGAUGGGGGAGAAGGUCGAGGAAUGGUGA